ACCUGCCAACGCCGGAGCGGGAGCGCCGGCCGGAUUCACGCGCACCAACUCCACCCGCGCGCUCUCCUCAACACUACUGCCACUAAAUACUCAAUGCCUGGCUAGCUCGGCCGCGGAAGCACGCGCUAUAAGAGGCCACGCCGGUGCGUGGCAACCGGCAGCUCCUUCGAUCUUGUCAGCCAGUUCGAACUUGAGUGUCACUGUCACUAGUAGUGUAGUGCGUCGAUGGCUCUGGGAAGAGGCAGUGCGAGGAACGGUGCCGCCGGCCUGCUGCUGCUCGGCCUGCUCGUGAUGAGCGCCGAGGCGGCCAAGUACACGGUGGGCGACUACGGGGGCUGGAAGUUCAACGUCGCCGGGUGGGCCAAGGGGAGGACCUUCCGCGCCGGCGACGUGCUCGAGUUCAAGUACAACGGGGCGGUGCACGACGUGGCGGCCGUGGACGCGGCGGCGUACCAGAGCUGCGUGGUGCCCAAGGGCAAGAGGGCGAUGCGCAGCGGGCACGACAAGGUGAGGCUGGUCAAGGGGAUGCACUACUUCGUCUGCACCGUGCGCGGGCACUGCAAGGCCAACAUGAAGAUCGCCGUCAGGGUCAUCUAGAGUGUUUAUAGCUACCUGUUUUGUCAACUGCAUUCAGAUCAGGUCGAUCCAAAGCUUCCGACUACAGCUUUUUAGUUUGCUUAAUGCUUGAACCAACUGCUAGUUUGCUUCCCAGUUUUUAUCCGUGCACUCUUGUUCUAGGUGCGGCAAUCGCGAGUUGUAAUUCCUGUUAAUUUGAAUAUGGGUCUGAAGGCUUACUAAAAAACUGGAUGGACUAGCGCUUC